UCCUAGCUCGUCCAGCCAGCUCUUGUCCCCAUCCCCAAAUCGGAGCCAGCGCCGCCGGAAUCCUCCGCCGCCUGCCUCCCUCCUUCCGAGCGGUCGGAUCUUUUCCCCAUCACCGAGGCUUCUCGCCGUCGGAAUAUCAAUUUCGAGGUUGGCGUGGUAACUAGCGACAGAGGUCGCGGGCGAGCCGGUGACCGGGAGGCGGCGGAGGAGGAGGGAGGCGGAGGCAGGGCGUGCAUCGGCGGCGGCGUUACCGUCCUCCCCGGCCGGUGGCUAUUCUGCUAGGUUCAUACUACUACAUGGGAGGUUGAUGCGAAUUGAGGUGCUUCCACAUUGGAAGGGUUCCGACAAGAACAAGCUAGGUUCAUGCUACUACAUGGGAAGUUGAUGUGAUUUGCGACGUGUCCACAUCGGAAGGGUUCCAUUCCAACAAGAACAAGGUAAUGGCAACCGCCAGCACGUUCUUACCGCAAGACGUCCUAGCCAGCAUCUUGGUCCGCCUCCCGGGGAGCGACCUCCGGCGCCUCCGCCGCGUCUGCAAACAGUGGAGGGACAUCAUCUCCGACACCAAAUUCAUCCAUGCUCACAUGGUCCAGAAGCCACGGCUGCCCCCGACCCACACCAUUGUCUUCUUUCCGGGAUGCGACUAUGGCAGCUCCAAAGAUCUACCGAAUGGCAGGGGCUUCCUAUUCGACGAGCACUGGCAGCUCACGGCAGAGCUCGCAGUUGGCAGGUGGGAUAAGCUGAUAGGCACUUGCAACGGCCUGCUCUGCUUCCUGGAAUCUGGCCAGGGCUCCAUCAAAAUUGUAGAGCCAUUCACCGGCGAGUCGCUCGUGGUGCCACAACCACCAGAUGUGUCGGGGCCAAGGUGGACAGUCAACCCUGCAGCUUACUGCUUUGGUUUCGAUGCUAUGUCCAGGCGAUACAAGAUCGUACACCAUGGCUACCUCGAAGACAGCAGCCCACGAGAGGGAGAGUCCGUUGAUGAUGAAGAACUGCACGUGUACACGGUGGGGACAUGCAAGGGCUGGACGAGGGUGCACGUGGCCCACAAGGUAUACGGAGAGGCAUACGGCGACCCUUCGUGUGUGGAUGGGGCUGUGUACUGGCCCACGAGAAGUGGUCAUGGGAAGCGUGGCACAUACGAGAAGCUCGUGCGCUUUGAUCUGGCGACGGAGAAGGUCACACUGGAGGCGGCCGUGCGCUUGCGGCUGGAUGCCCCAGGGUCAGAGAUGGCAGACUACUGCAGGCUGGUGGACUCAACGCCUUGCGUGGUGACCUACGGCCGACACUGCGAGUGGGACGUGUGGUUUCCUGAAGCUGAAGAGGGAGGUGUCGGCUGCUUCCCAGGGGCAUGUGUAUUGUUGAGCGACUGGACUGACGGGGGACUGUACCUUCGCAGCAUGAAAAGGAGCCUGGAAUUUGGCCUGAGGAAAGUGCUCUUUGAGGCGAGCAACGGUGAGCCGCCUGCCUACAGCUACAAUGGUCGAGUGUCGUUCGUCCCAGCUCACCGUCGCCAGCAGCUCCCAAUAGCAGGAGGUCCACAGAGGCCGAGCGAACAGUAUUCUGGAAACACGUUUGGGUACACCCCCACAGUGUCCGCUGCUCCAUUAGCACUCUACUUGGGCACGCCUAGUCCUUAGCCGCCAUUGCUCCGACCAUUGCCCCAUGUUCCACUGCAAUGAACUACGGCAACAUUAUAUCAUGUCUAGGAACGUUCUGUGAUAACUACUAGGUUGAACUGCUAAAACAUGCUAACGGGCAUGCGUGUAGAGAUUCCGUUUUGUGAUAAUGGGAGAGUUAGGAAGCUCCGUGUGAGGCAAUCUGUGUUUGUAAAAGUAUUGUAGUUGUACCGUUAAAUAGUAUGUCUUAAGAUUAUAUUUGCUGUUUCAGGUAAGUAUUACCUGAUCAAGUGGAUGAGUGGGUGUUGUCGUGCUAGGUUUUGUUUAGGUGGAUCAUUUGGUUUGGCUGCAACAUAUGGAUGAGUACACCUGUUGUAUAUUUGGAGGAUUUGCACUUCCC